AGCAGCUGGGAUCAGUUGAGAGUCGGACUGAAGCCUGAUGGGGGUGAAAGUUUCGGUGUGCGGCGGAAAGGAAGCCAUGUGAUGCGGGUCCUCGGAGAUGGACGCUCCGCGGUGACGUUUACGACAAAAACGGACCGGUUUGGACUUUUGUCCUGCAGAGACACAAACACUGCACCUCGGACAGGAAGUCUGGACACUCUCCGAGCAGCGUUGAAAUAACUUUUUCAGUUUGGGGAAGAGUUGAGUCGGAAAAGUUUGAGAGAUGUCCGAGCCAGAGAAGAGCGAGGAGGUCCCUGCUGAGUCUGCGGAAAAAGGAAAAGGACUUCCUAACGGAGGGAAUCCUGCAAAAACCAAAGAGGACUUCGACCUGGCGGCCAUCUACGUGUCGGACGCUCAGUACAACAGGAACAUCUACUUCGACACGUCGCCUGAGGCCGUGAGGCUGUAUCUGCGCUACAACCACUGGCUCCCUAAGGUGCUCCUCUACUUCUUCAUCCUGGUCGAUCUGUCUCUGGCGAUCUUCGAGGAGCCGGCUGUCCUCCCUCUGCCUACAUGGGCCACCAUGCUGGUGGAGCUGCUCUGUCUGCUCGUCUUCUCCCUCAGAAUCGUUCACUACGCCAAGGUGAUCCCCCGAGAGAAGUUCUGGAAAGAUCCCAAAAACAUCUGCAUCCUCGUCAUAAUCAUGCUCACUCUGGUCGAUAUGAUCAUCUACGGAGCGCUGGAAGCUGCAAACUGUUACGCCGUCCGCUGGUCCAGAGUCCUGCGGCCGCUGCUGUUGGUCAACGUCACAGAGGGACGCCAGCUCCGCCGAGCGUUCAGAAGCAUCCGGAACGCUCUGCCUCAGAUCUUCUACGUCUUCCUGCUCUUCAUGUUCAGCCUCCUCAUCUUCUCCCUGAUGGCCCUCAAGCUGCUGGGCAAACGAGGUCUGAAGACUGUGGAAGGAACUCCGUACUUCACCAACUACCUGGAGGUCGUCUUCGACCUUUACGUCCUCGUCACCACGGCCAACAGCCCCGACGUCAUGAUGCCGGCGUACAACACCAGCUCGGUCUUCGCCAUCUUCUUCAUCCUGUACAUCCUCAUCAACACCUACAUCUUCAUGUCCGUCUUCUUGGCCGUCGUCUACAACAACUACAAGAAAUACCUGAAGGAGGAGGUACGGCAGCUGGUGAGGGCCAAAAGGCACAAGAUGGUUCGAGCGUUCGCCGUCCUGCAGGAGAAGCGGGAGGAGGGCGGGGAGCCGGUGGUGACCCAGGCGAACUGGAACCAAGUGGUCCGACUGGUCCAGCCCAGCAUGAGCAACGCCCAGAGAGAGCUGCUGUGGAGCGUCUCCGACGACCAGAACCAGGGCUGCAUCGGUAAGGUGGCUUUCGUCCAGCUCGCCGACCUCAUGAACAUCGAAGUCAUCACACUCAAGUCAAGACCACACCCGCUCCACAGUGUGUGCCCCGCCCUCUACACGUCGGCCCCCAGCCGCCUCCUCUGCCGAAUGGUCCAACACAGGGCCUUUGUAAUUGUGUACGACGUGAUCAUCCUGGUGAACGCCGUGUUCAUCGGUCUGGACGAGAGGAAUCCGAUGAUCGCUAACUCGGAGUGGGUGUUUCUGGCUCUGUACCUGCUGGAGAUCCUGCUGAAGCUCUACGUGUUCGAGCCCCGGGCGUUCUUCUCCAGACACAGCUUCUGGAACUGCUUAUCUGCGUCCCAGAUUAUAAGUACAAGGUUUGACACCAUCAUCGUCAUCUCCGCUCUCAUCGCCACGAUCGUCAACUCCGCCGUAGAGUCACCGGACGGUUACACCAGCCGUCAGAUCCUGGACAUCGUCUUCAUCCUGCGGGUCCUCAGGCUGGUCCGGGUGGUGGACAGCAUCAAAAGGUUUCGUGCCAUCAUCAACACCCUGAUCAGGAUUGGACCGGCGAUCCUCACAUUUGGACAGCUGAUCAUUGUGGUGUACUACGUCUUUGCCAUGGUGGGGAUGGAGCUGUUCAAAGGGAAGUUGAAGUUCUACGAGGAGGGCUCCACGGACCCGGGGAAGGAGUACUGUGGAAACCCUCUGCUGAAAGGAACGGCCUUCGCACAACUCAGCUACUGCAAGAACAACUUCAACAACGUGGUGUCCUCCUUCAUCCUGCUGGUGGAGCUCACGGUGGUCAACCAGUGGCACGUGCUCAGCAGCGGCUUCGUCGCCGUCACCCACGUGUCGGCCAGGAUCUUCUUCGUCCUCUUCCACAUCAUCGUCGUCAUCGUCAUCAUCAAUAUCUUCGUGGCGUUCGUCCUCGAGGCGUUCUUCGUGGAGUACUCGGUGGACAAGAGCGACCUGCAGACAUCUCUGGAGAAGAAGAUUGAAGAGCUGGAGCUGGCGGUGGCGCAGGAGAAGAUGGAGGACAACUUGGUGAACGCCAUGGAAACCAUCGACAACGACCAGGGAACCGGCCAAUCGGCGGACAACAGACCCUCCCUGAUGUUUAAAAUCGCUUCAAAAAGGUAUCGGACGGUGGACGCGCUGCUGCAGCGGAUGUUCGAGGCCGAUCUCGACCCCGAAGACUUCGCUGAGAGCGACGAUCCUGACGCUCAGAACAACGGGAACUUUGCAAACCCGACGUUCAGCUCUGCGUAGACGUUUAUGUACAAAUAUAUAUGAUUUCUACAGAGUUAUAAAUAUACUCAGUAUGUUUAAAUCUGAUGUUUAUCCACCGUUAUAUUUUUGUAUUUCUGUCCUGUAGCUGAAACACAAAGGGAAUGUGUAUUUUCACAUAAAGAAUAUUUACACUGA